AUGUCCGCAGCUACAGCUAACGGUGAAUGCAAAUUGAUGGACGUGAGGGCCGUGUUGACGAAAUCGCUGAGCGAAUCUUGGAUAGACUUUCGGCGCCAGUUGGUCAGUCACGUCAACGGUUUGUUUGACCACGAAAAGCAGAAUUUUGUAAUGGUUUUUAUGAUGGUUAUCCUGUCGGCUUUUCUUUACCUGGUGGUCUACCACGGAUGGAUCGCCAGCGCGUUAGUGGGCAUCGCGUAUCCGGCGUACGCAACGAUCGCGAGAGUACUGAAACCGCAGACGACCGAGGUGACCGGAAAGGGGAAUUUUGUAACCGCGAAAACCAAAUGGCUGGUUUAUUGGACGAUCUUUGCAAUGGUUUGGAUUUUGGAAAGUCCAGUAACCGCAUUUUUGAAUGCGAUUAAGCCGUUGUACUAUUUGUUACGAAUGGUAUUUUUCGUAUGGUGCUUUGCACCGAUCGAAAACAACGGCACGGAAAUCGUGUACGGUUUCGUUGUAUGGCUGCUGGUGCGUAAAAAUCGUUACGUGAAAGAUGCACCGUCAAACCACGUAGACCAAUAA